AUGGCAGAUGAAAUAUCACCAUGUCCUUUCUGCAACAUUGCGGCGUCCAACCCGCCAGCCCCUUUCAAUGAUCCCGAGUCAGGCUCAAGCUUGUCCGAAUCCACAUCCGACGGGACAGCUCAUCUGAUUCUGUCGACGGAGCAUGUCCUUGCUUUCUUGGAUAUUAUGCCUUUAACGAAUGGACAUGUCCUGAUUGCCCCACGGCGGCAUUAUGAGAAGCUGGGUGAUAUGGGGGUUGUUGCUGGGCAGGAGAUGGGGAAAUGGCUUCCGAUUAUUUCAAGGGUCGUGACGAAAACGAUUUUCGGGGACGACCCGGAUAGACACUGGAACGUUGUUCAGAAUAAUGGCACCCGUGCAGCACAGCAAGUACCCCAUGUACACUUCCAUAUCAUUCCUCGACCAUCAGACUUCGCUCACAAGCCGAGCUUUGCUAUGUUCGGUCGCGGUCAGCGACAUGAGCUUGAUGAUGACGAGGGUGCUGCAUUGGCUCGUGCUAUGAGGGUUGAGCUGGAACUUGAGAUCAAGCGUAUUCAAAAAGAAGAGGGCGUGGAUCUCAGUCAUACCUCAGAGAAGGGCAGAUUGUGA